AAAACAAAAUGUUUUUCAACAGAAAAAAUAAUAAUAAAAAGUCUAAUAAUAGUAAUAAAGCCAAAGCUAUGUCACUGACCACUCCCGCCGACACCGACGGCGAUGACGAUGAUGACCACCAAUACAGCCGUAUGUCUGUUAUAAAAGGUAUGAAAACUGGCAAACGAACCGAUGUAAUGAAAGUGGUCCGAAAGUUGGUCGACGGUUGGCGUGACCCGCUAUGUAUGGCCAAUCAGAUUGAAGCGGUCGAACGAAAUACCCGACACGCGGCUACCAAUGCCAAAGCCAAUCUGUUUGUUACGGCCACGAGUGCCGAAGCCAGCCGUACGUUGUUGGCCGGCGCCCGACUGUAUCUCCAGGACAUGGACGGUAUCAAUUGGGAGCCAUACUUGAGUCGACAGCAACAGCAGCAGCCACUGGCAGCUGCCGAGGACUGGUAUUUUGAGGACGAGGUUGCGAUGGCAGCGGCGGCGCCGACGGCAGAGGACUACUGGCCUGAAAUACCGGCCGACGACUGUGUGUCGGUUAUCAGCGAAUUGGACGUAUCCGCUGUACGCAAGCCUAUCGAUUAUAUACGGAAAUUGGUCGACGAUUGGCGCGAUCGGUCAGUUAAUGGCCGACUGAUAGCAGCGGUAGAUAAAGAUAGUAGCGGUCAGCGACUAUUUGUGACGGCCAGAGAUGCCAAUGCUACCCGUGCACUGGUCAGGGUUGGCCAACGUAACGGUUUUCAAUGGUCGGUAUACGAGCCUAGUGUUCAUAAUAGGGCUACCGGUGCUAUUGGCGGACAAUUUAAUUACAAUACAGUUAGUCAUGGAGUGGACAACUGGUCAAAAGGCGCUUUACCGAAAUACCCGAACUGGUCAGCAGCGGUAGUAGAGGCCACCAAUAACCGUAAAGGCAAUCAUCAUCAGCAUGAAAAUAGAGGACAUACGGGUGCAAGUGGUAGUGGUGGUGGUGGUGUUGGUAGUAGUGGUGACUAUGACAGAGAUAUGGUGCGGGCACUGAGGUUAAGCAAGUUUGACGAUAAGGAACGCCUAAAAAAGUUAAAAGAGGAACAGGAGCUUCGGGAGCUACAGGAGCGUCAAAAACAGGAACUGCGAGACAAAAUAGCCGCCAUAGUUAUCGACACCGAUAGGUCUACCGAAAAAAUCGCUGAACUAAUUGAACUGAUGAAACAAUACGAACGGGACAGUGGACAGCCGAUCUACGCGGACUAUCAGCCGAUUGACCAGUUAAUGAUAGACACUGUCUUAAAUGAUCGGUCAAAAUUGAUUCUCUGUGUAAUACUAGCACUGGGAGGUCAGGUAUCGCUGGACACUGUUUUCGCCUAUUUUGCCGUUCAUAUGGAGAAAAUUCAUGUGGAAUUUGAAGAUAAUAUGCGCAAACAGUUACCACUGUUUGAUCCCUGUGUCCAUCGGUUGGACACUGAAGUCUAUUUGAAUCACGAAGCACUAGACGAUCAACUGGUAUGCGUACACAUCAAAGGUGACGGCAAUUGUUUGUGGUCGGCCGUCAGUACCGCUGUCUACGGUUCCGAUGAAUACAUGGAAUCGCUGCGACUGUUGACCGCAGCCACACUGUUGGACUAUAGCUCGGAGUUUAUCGGCGCCUAUAACAGCGAUAUGGACGUACCGUUUGACGAAUUGGUUAGCAAAGCGGUAACACUGCAGGAAUGGGGUUACGAAUGGCAUAUACAGGCCCUGUCAAUGGCAUUGCAUCGGCCUAUCUAUAUCUACAGUUCGUUUAUAUCGAUGGUCAACAAACGGAGGCAAUCGUACGACGAGCUGCGGGAGGUUUACGAACGAACAUAUGUACCAAAUCAUAUGCGUUUUUUGGCUGACGGUAAUCGCGAGGACGAGAUACCGGUGCUGUUGUACUAUAACGGUAUGGAUCACUACAGUCUAGUGUUGCCUAAACGCGAAGGUGUUCGGCCAUUGAGGCCGUACACCGAAAUGAUGGAACCUAUGGUUAACAAAAAAGAUAACAUACCGGUGCCCGAACCGCCGACAACAAAUAGACAACACAUUGAGAAAAGCACUAAUAAUAAUAAUAAUACCGGUGCUAAUAAAAAGUGUCAUGUAAACAUACCACCAGUGCCUACUAAAACCAAUAAGCAAAACAUUAGUAAAAAUACUAACAAAAAAUGGACUGAGAGGAUGGAACCCAUGGUUAAUAAGAAAGAUAACAUACCGGUGCCCGAACAGCCGACAACAAGCAGACAACACAUUGAUAAAAGUGCUAAUAAUAAUAAUAAUACCGGUGCUAAUAAAAAACGUCAUGUAAACAUACCACCAGUGCCUACUAAAAUCAAUAAGCAAAACAUUAGUAAAAAUACUAACAAAAAACGGACUGAGAGGAUGGAACCUAAUAGGAAAGCAAAUGUGCCAACAAUUACCACAACAGUUGAUAAUAAUGAUGAUAAGGAUAGCGUCAAUAUUUCAGACGAAUAUAAACUUAAUUUAAGUCAGAAUAUUAAGAAAAUUAUUGGCGAAAAUUUGGAUAAUUAUUUGCGCCUAAAAUUGAAUAAAAGUGCCAUAAAAGAGGAUAUACGACAAAAAUUAUUAUUGAUUAUGCAAAAUAAUGAUACUGGCAAUUCAAAUACUAUUACUGAUAAUACUUUUGAUACGGAUAAUAGUGAUGACAGUGUUGUUGUUGUCGGUGAUGAUGUGACUGAGUUUGACUGUGAUAUAUGUGGCGCCGAAAGCCUGCCAAUUGAUGGGGCCGUUAGCUACGGUUGUCAGCACCGGUAUUGCGACGAUUGUGUACGACAAACGCUAACCAUCGAAAUACAGGACAAUCGUAUUGAAUCGCUUGCCUGUCCGGCACCCGAUUGUACAGCUAAGGCCACACCGCAACUGGUCAGACGUAUUGUUGGCCCCGAGUUGUAUAACCGAUACGAUCAGCUAUUGCUUAAGGCAGCUGUCGGUGCUAUGGAUGAUGUGCAUUACUGUCCCAACACUGAUUGCGGUGCAAUGGUAGUGGCCGAAAUCGAUCUGGCCAUGGGCGACUGUCCCCGAUGUGGCCUUGCAUUUUGUACCAGCUGUAUGAAACCAUAUCAUGGCGGCUACGAUUGCGGUCUGGACACUAGGGAACGGGACGAUAUGGUACAGAUGUUCCAGAGUGCAGAACUGGCCGAACAAAUGCAGGCCGAAGAGGACGAACUGAUGAAAGCCAUAGCCGAAGCCGAACGGGAGGACUGGGAUUGGAUUGACCGGAUCCGAGACGAACAGAAAGCUAUUAGACAGCAGGAGAUGUUGUUGGAAGAGCAGAGAAAAGCCGACGAGGAAAGGGCUGCCGAAGAGAGGAGACGUAAGGAUGGCGAACGGUUUAGACGAGAGGCUGAACUGAGGGAACGGGAGAUUAUUGCCGCACAAGCCGUCGAACGGGAGCGCCGGUUGAAGGAUCGUCAAGAGGGCCGACAGCGUGAGGAACGCGAGUCCGAACAGCUUGUCCGCCAAGUGAGCCGUCCCUGUCCUCGAUGUAAAGCACCCAUUCAGAAAAAUGAGGGCUGCAAUCAUAUGACGUGUACAAAAUGUCGUUACGAAUUUUGCUGGGAGUGUAUGGGCUAUUGGCAAGGGUACAAUCAUAUUUGUGCUAGGUAAUAUACCUCAUAGCCCACC